UCGCUCGCUCGCUCGCCAUGGCCAAGGAGCAGGAGGCGGCGGGCGCCGCGGGGCCCCCCCGCCGCCGCCAGCCGCGCCUGUGCCACAUGCUGAAGGGGCCCGACGGCUACGGCUUCCACCUGCACGGCGAGAAGGGCAAGAGCGGCCAGUUCAUCCGCAAAGUGGAGCCCGACUCGCCGGCCGAGCAGGCAGCGCUGCGCGCCGGCGACCGCGUCGUCGAAGUCAACGGCGUCAACGUCGAGAAGGAGACGCACCACCAGGUUGUGCAGCGUAUCAAAGCUGUCGAAACCGAGACCAGUUUGCUGGUGGUGGACAAAGAGACCGAUGAAUAUCUCCGGAGCCUCCAGCUGACCUGCACCAAGGAGAUGGUGAGCACCGGUAUCGUGGCGAACUCCGAAGUGUCGCCGGUCAAAUCGCCCAGAAGCGACAAUGGGGAUAUCUGGAAACCCCAGGCGGAGCUCAGCACCAGGAACCUAAAGCGGCACAAGCACAGCACGAGUUCAGAGAGCGGGAAGAAGGAUUUGAAUGGCCAGGCUAAGGAGCUGCUGUGCCCACGACUUUGUCAUCUCAAGAAAGGCCUCACGGGCUAUGGAUUCAACCUCCACAGCGAGAAGUCCAGGCCUGGGCAGUUCAUCCGGUCAGUAGACCCGGAUUCACCGGCGUCCAAGGCAGGACUCCGACCACAGGACAAACUCGUUGAGGUCAACGGGAUCAAUGUGGAAAGCAUGAAGCACUCCGAGGUUGUAUCACACAUUAAGUCCAAGGAGAACGAAGCCAAGCUGCUGGUAGUGGAUCCCGAAACAGACGAAUACUUCAAGAAGCUGGGCGUUACCCCUGCAGAGGAGCACAUCCGAGGUGGAGUUCCUCAGCCUGUGACCAAUGGUUCAGCACAAACGCAGCUGAAUGGAGGAUCCAUGUCUUCGACCCACAGCGAUUGCCAAAGUCCUGAGAAGGAGUCAGAGGUGGGAGAGCCUGAGAAAAAGGAUCCGUUUGAAGAAAGCGGCUUGAACCUGAGUCCAACCGCAGCGGAAGCCAAAGAGAAAGUCCGGGCCAAGCGCGUGAACAAGCGGGCCCCGCAGAUGGACUGGAACAAGAAACGGGAGAUUUUCAGCAACUUCUGAGCCAGUCAAGUAGCUCCUCUUCCUUUUCAGCUCCUCCUGCAACAAGACAUUUGCAAUGUGCACGAAUCGUGCCCCCACCCCCUGCGUGGGCAUAGCUCCAAGACACUCCACGCUCUGCUUUUCUUCCAUAGUUUUGCGUUGCUUUGUACAAGGCAGAUUUUCAAGCUCUUCUCAUUGUACAAACGUAGUAAAAGAGAAAAGAGAGACACUGAAUCUGCAGAACUCAAAUGUCAUAAAAAGGUAGCUGAAGCUCUGACACUAGCGAGUAGGAAAGGUAAAGCAGACACAAAAAAAUCCCUGUAUUUUGUUUUAAUUUUGGAUCACUUAACCCGUAAUAUUUAGAAUAUAUUAUUUAUAGGACCAUUUUUAUAUAAUUGUUUGAGUUUCUUCUCCUCUCCCUUUUUCUGUUAGCUAUUUUAAACAUUUUAACUCCAGAAACAGAGCACAUUUUCUCUCCGCUGAAUUGAAUGCUAUGGUUUACACCACUAUGGGCUACAGUGUUAACAUCUUCAUAAACGGCUGGCUGACCAUUCCAAGAUUGUAAAGGUUUCUCUGUGGAUUUUCUCUUUUUAAAAGGAGUGCGGGAGAAGAACUUCAUCUGUUUAUAGUUAGUGCUUGAAACACCCUCCUUUUAGCCCAAGUGCAUAACAAGUCCUUUUCUUUGCAAAACUUUUUUUCCAUGCCUCGUACCUUCUCCUACUCCAGUUUCCCCUUCUAAAAGCAAGCCCCUAAUUUAGGAAACACGAGCUUUCAAUGUUGCAAAAUGCUACCAUUAUGGCUGAAGGGUUGCAGAAGGCAGGCACCCUGGGGGCAGAGGGAGGGGGGAAAUGCCCUCCAUGAAACCUGACACUAAUUCUAAUCUUAAUUUUGGCUGUAACAAGCAGCUGGAAAUAACACUUUGUAGUGUGACUUGGGAGAAGCACAGGAAAAUGACUGUAUCCAGGGAGCAGAAACAUUCCUGGGGCAGCUCUUCUGGGAAACACUUUCAGGCUGGCAAAAAAGCAAGCUGGGAGUGGGGUGUGUGUGUGUGUGGAGGUUCAAGCAGGCAAAAGCUAAGAAAAAGUUAGCAACCAAUUCUGAGCAAAUCAGUCUCAUCUCCAAUUGUACUGCUGUUUCCUCUUCAAGGGCAUUAAAAAACAAUACCAACACUCUAAUUUUGCUGAUAUUUCAGUACAAUUAACCAACUCCUUUUCAACUAGCAGCAUAAAGUAGGUACAGUUUUCUGCUGUACAAAGGAUGGACGUUAAUGGGCGGCAGUCUGAUGUAUGGCUAACCUUUCCAUGGGCAGUCUCUGGGGAGAUAGUUGGCAGGGCACUCCCUAAAGCCAAAGCCAAAUCUCAUCCUUAAGCAUGACGUGCGAAUUUGUGUUUAACCAGCUCUUAAUCCUCUCUAGCGCUUGUACUACUCUUUCGGAGAAACGCAUUUCCUCCUUCAGUGGGGGGAAUAUGCGUGCCUAUUCCUGAAUGUUCAAAGUGGUCAUUAUCAGUGUAGGCACUGCUACAUUUUUUUUGUACCAUCAUGUAUCUCAAUAAAUAAAAUAAAAUAAUAUAAAAUAAACAAAACGUAUUGACCAUAGAAGGGACAAUGAAAGCAGAGGUAGCUCUACCAUGAGGCAAGGUUAGCCACCCAGCAGGUAAUCUUGUAAUCUUGAAGGCAUUAAGAAUACAAGCGUGAGAGACGGAUUUGUCCCAUGGGGGCACAGCCCACAGGGAAGUUCCUUUGUGCAAGCCUCAUGGGAAAUUCAUGCAAGGGAGUGUACCAUUUGCAUUUUCUGCUAUAGGCACUAAAAUGUUUUGAACUCAGGCCUGAGAGAAAGCCGGAGACUCUGGGAUAUCCCUCCUACGUAAUCACUGAAUUUGGUCCUUGUCUGUGGGGAUCGUAGUCCUUACGGAAAGUAUGUGUGGACAGUAUAAAGUAUGUGGAUGUGCACUCCCAGGUAACCUCUGUGGGAGUACCUUGUUCAUGUAAACGCCACUGGACACUUAGUGCUACUGUCCACAAGGAGGGGAUUCAUCAUGUGUUUCUUUAGAACAGCAACAUCACACACAGCAGCAUCUAAGAAAAAUCGGCAUCUAAAGUUUUAACUUGAACACAACUUUAUUAACGAUGUCAUAACACUGUUCUCCCUACCCUCUUUAGUAAAACGUAACAACUUUUCACAUUCUUUUUUUGAUAAUUACUUCAACAACAACAAAAAGUAUUAAACAUGAGCUGGAAGGGAUGCAAGUUUUCUUUCUUUAAAAAAUACAAAAAACCAGAGGGUAUGUAAACAAGCAUUUGCCACCCUUUCGGUUAGGGCACAAAUGUACAAUGUAUAUUAGUAUUUUAGAAAAAGAAAAGCUUUGUUUUCACAUGCUCCGAGAUGAACAAGUGCUCUUUGAUAUAAACACACUCUGGGGCUUUGUGUAUAUUUUGUAAAUGGCUGAGCUGAAUAAGGUGCCUUAGAUUAUUCUGUUUCCUUUGGGAGAUGGCUGCAGUUGUGUGUGGCUUCUUUUCAGGAAGAUCUUUUCUGUGUUGACAGAAGGGUUUGAGAAAAAGCCAGGCUAGAGGAUCUAUGCCCAUUAUAGGCAACACUCUGCCUAUAAGCUACAGGGGCAAGAAAACUUUUUGGGCUACAGGCACAUUUAGCAACGUAAGAAACUGUCUUGAGCACUACCACAAAAUGGCUGCCAUGGGAGGCAUGGCUAGUCACAAAGCAGAAGAAACCUGCCCCAAAGAGAGGUGGGGUCUGAGCCCCAACACACUAAAUAACUUCUUUGAACCCACAGUUUUCAGCACCAACAGAAACCUAUUUCAUAGAAGGAAACAUCCUCAUUCUCCCCAAUCUUUCUCUCUAACCCUGUCUCACUACCCAGAGUGUGUCUGUCUGUCUGUCUGCCUCUCUCACACACUACACCCUCCAGCCAUCUAUCCUUCCCCCACACACAAGUACCUGCCAUUCAUCUAUGUGCACUUAGAUGCACACACAUCCCUUUCUCCAUUUUUUCUCACUGCAAGCACACAAAAACACACCCUUUCAGGAUCGAUCCGAAAUCCCCCCAACGCCUUUUUCUUUCUCUUCUUUUCCCCCUCCCCAUCCAUUCAAACAUACAACUCUCUGCAACCACCCAGGUUGUUCUCAGCUGGGUUCCAUGAACCCCACCCCACCCCACCCUGCUAGCCUUCCUAGCCCCUACACUGCCAUCCCUAGCCACUGCUGCUCUGUUUUAGGGGGGGGGGUCCCCUUCCCAGAUGGAAAUAGGAGGCCCCUUUUUCUUUCCCCCCUUUUUCUCUGUGGCUGGCCACAGUGUAGAUGAAAAUAUCUACUUGCAGCCUCCACCCACCCACCACCACCCACCCCAUCUUAGUUUCCUAAGAAUUUCUCUGAGCCCCACAUGUGGCCCAGAGACACUCAUGGGAAAUUAAGCUGGCAUGGGCCAGAAGACCUCACUUUGCUUUGUAGCAAUCCCAGUAAGACAAUUUGUUAGUGUGUGUGUGUGUGUGUGUUUUAAAAGGGAGAGGGGUAGACCACCUUGGCUGAUGCCAAGAAAAGUGUCCAGGGUGUAGGGACCACACUUGGUCUACACUUAAGAAACUCACCCAAAUUCUGCACCUAAAUUAUUUAAAUCAAACUUCAUAUAUUUACUGAGAACUUGCUAAGUUUGCAAAAUGAAAAGCCAGAAUUCCAUAAAAUCUUGGUUCACAACAGCAGGACCAGCCUCAGGAAUCCACCUGGAGGGAAAAGCUUAAUGUUACAUCUGAAUCUGCUUCCAGGCUUCCCACUUCCAAGCAAACCAGGAACGGUAGUCCAGUUUCAAACCUUGGCUUGAAGGGACAAACCAGGGAUCCCAGUUUGGAUGUAAUGCUAAGCUGUUUUUCUCUCCUGGUGAGAGGCUGGGUAUUGAAACCACUACCACAGAAGGGAGGAGACAAGUGAUAGCAUCCCCCAGUGAUAAGCCAGGAUUCUCCGGAAUUCUGGCAUUUUGUGCGAACGCCCUUCUCUGCUUGGCAAACCGCAGGGAGAAACACAGAGAUCACCAUAGUUCCCACCCGUCCCCUCUGACCCAUGGGAGGUUUGCUCCCUCUGGCUUCUGAGCUUAGUACCAGGCAGUGCCCACCAUUUUUAAAGUUUAUCUCUGCAGUCAUAAUUAGCUAGAAACUUGCUUUUAAAACUAUAAACCUCAUCUUUCAGGUUUUGAUUCCAUCAAUAUUUGGUAUGUUUAUAGGCAAUGCAGGUACAGUCUGCACAUACAAGGUUUUGCUACAAAUCACCAGAGUUGGAAAACGGAAUCGCUGCUUUACUGAUUUAUUUUUUUUAAAAAAAAGCAGGGAUCCUGGUCCACAUGUUAACCGGGGAAAGGUAAGAAAUAGCUCCACUACUUUUUCCUUAGUUCAUUCCCUCUGAUACCCAUUCUGUGCUCCACAUUCUUUGUUUACUACAACAUUCCAAUUUAUUAAAAAACCUGUACCACUGAAAAUGAUUAAACUAUGCAGAAGUAAGCUUAUACAAACAUAUCUAAUCUGCAGAAUUGGAGACUUCGUUGUUGCAGAAGACAUACAUGCUCUGGUCCCACUAAUGCUCAGCCAGUCUCACGUGGCCACAGAACUUCUCCCCACAAUUAGUGGGUCACCUCCAGCUGAUUCCACAGGGACUGGACAAGCAUCAUGGUCCAGAUGCAAAUGCACACGAUGUAUAGAUCUCGUUGUACCGAGACAACCGAUUCUAGGAGGACAUGGGAUGUCUGUGAACGGAAACGUUGCUUUGGAAAGAACAUACUUUUAUUUUUUAAAAAAAUGUAUUUAUAAGAGUGGCCAUAAUUGAAAGUUAGGAAUGUUCUAAGGUGACUUGUUUCUCUGUGAAACUUCAAUACUGGAUUAGAUCUCUUUGAAGGAUUUUUGUUUUAGUUAUUAGAACUGCUUUGCUUAAUAGUUUUUUUGUUUUGAGGUGGCCUGUUUUUUAAGCUACGUUGAAGAAAGCGUGUUAGCCCCAACAGAGUCCCCCCUUUGCCCUCUCAUUUUAUUACACAAGGAGUUUACACAUACAGAAGUCAUCUUCAAAUGCCUUAAGAAGCAUUUCUAAAGCCAGUCUGGAGGCUAUGUCAGGUAAGGGGUAAGAAGAAAGAAUGGGUUUGAUACUAAUGAACUGAAAUUUCAUGUGCAAGUAUGUUUCAACACAGGUUUGUUUUCCUCCCUACCCAAAAGAAUGUUUGUCUCCACAUGUUCAAUGGAUUGAUUCCUGGUGAUUGAAAAGCACGUACUUUCUCUGCCACCAUAUAAGCUCUGUAACACUUACUCUGUUUCUGCACAUCUAACUUAGAAAUUCACUAAAAUGUUAUACAAGAGCUGUUAACUGCAUUGUGUAAAAAUAUAUAUAUAUAUACUAAAAUGUCAAUAAUAAAAAUGGUUUCCCAUGUACAGUGA